GUAGUUGAAUGGGUCAGAUUACAAGAUGUGAAGAAAAAGCCCAUGAGGAGGAUAAAUAUGGACUUAUAGUUUCUGCUGAUGAUCCACAGUUAUUUGAUAAACUAAGUCAUGGAGCAAAAGAAGGUCUAAGAGUAUUGGUGACGCAUACUGAACGAGCAACAUCAAACCUACAAAUCCUUCAGAUAUUUGUUACGCCAGCAAGUUCCCCUGGUCAGAGCCACUCGGUUCAACCUGAUCAUCCGGACUUUCGUCUCAUUAUGAGUACUUCCCUUCCAGUCCAAACGCUGAUACAUGAAAUUCACACUUCAUUCCUGGAGGAGGUUCAAAUGAUUGAUCUUUCUCCAAGCACGUCUGAAGUUCAGGACCUUUUCUUGACAGAACUGAUGCAGACUGUGUGUUUAGAACUGUGGACUCUACAUCGUCAAAUUCAAACAAAAAAACAGACACUUCAGCAUGAACUUUUUCAAAACAAGGUUUCCUUGAUGGACUAUGUCAUGCAUGCAUCCACACCACUUCUCCAGGACCCCGACUUCCUUCCACACGUGUGUAUGUGUCAGAGUGUCUCUCUUGAACUUGAGACAGAAAUCAAGGAACUAUCCCAAGAGAUAGAUCGGCACAAAGCCCUGAUGGCUGAUUUUUAUCGAAUAGCAGAGCUCGCCACAGCCCUGUACAACGCUCUGCAGGACAUGGCCCGACUUUCCCCAUGUUAUCUUUUCACUCUUCAUGGUUUCCUGCUCACUUUACGGUCAGCUUUAGCCCUGGAGAGCCCAGACGUGAGCUUCCAUAGAGUGAUGGAGUCCACAACAGUCAUAUCUGAGAUUACCCACAGGAUUGUGUCUCAUGUCUUUUCUCAGUAUAAACCCCGCUUGUUCAAGAGCCAUUCCACUUUAUUCAGAUUAUUGGUAUCUGUUGCCGUUAUUGUGCACAAUGAGGGAUGCCCUGAGGUAGAACGAGUCACUUUCCUCAGAGGAUUAAGCAACUGGAUGUCUUCAGAGCAUUUUUUAUCACCGUCUGCACAGUCUGUCCCCGAGCUGCCGAGUUGGAUUCAAACAAGCGCUCGAGAUGACAUUUUUCUGUUAGAGAGGAUUGAACCCUUUUGUGGCCUUGUAUCAUCUCUGGUAAAUUCAUCCAAGCUAUGGAGGGAAUACCUGCACUUUCCUUCGUCCACAGUGAUUGGACCGGUCCCCUGUCAGUCUCACUCUCAUUUGUCCACAAUGCAGCGGGCUAUUCUCUGGAAGACACUGUGUCCUCAUUGGCUAGCAGCAGUGGAAGAGGACCUUACAGCCUGUGCGCAAAGACAUUUGCUGCAUUCAUAUCCUGGAGAUCCUCCAAUGAGCUCUGUGGAAAUGAUCUCCAGCCUUUUGUCUAAAAAUCAAGGUCCUGUUGUUGUACGUUUACCAGAUAAAAAUGAAGAAGUGCCAGUAAGCAUUCACCCUCUCCACUUGAUUAAUCAAAUUGCGCAGUGCCAAGUGGACAACAAAGGGGUGAAGCUGAGUGUUAUUUCUUUCGGGUCUGGUUGCCAUCGAAAUGCUGUUCUCUUGGCACUAGACAGCGCUGUCCAGAAUGGCCACUGGUUAGUCCUGAACAACUGUCAUCUGCUGGACUGCUGGGAUGUCAGAGUUGUGAGCAAGUUAACACAAGUAGUGUACAGCACUACAAAAGAUUUGGAGACAGAUGGCGGGCUUCUAAAUGCUGCAAGUACAGGAAGAUUUGUGCAUCCCCAGUUUAGACUGUGGCUCAUAACCAAAAGUGACAGGACUCACUCAGUCCCAGUUGCUGUUAGGAUUAGAGCCCUGCACUUGGUGUGUGAUUCCUCCUGGGACCUGAAGGAUGAAUUGUGGUCUUCAGUAAAACAGACACUCCCCUUCUCCUCUCAUGAAGACACUGUGAACACUCGGUGUGCUGUCCUGCACUCUGUCCUGCAGCAGAGACAAACAUUCAAACACCUGGGCCAAGCGCAGCUUUACCUUUGGACUCAGGAAGAUCUACUUGCUCUGAUUGAUGCACAUCACCGCAUAACCAAACACUGUAGUGACCCUACCGGAGCAUUGGAGUACAUAGCAGGUCGCCUGGUUUAUGGGAGCCACGUGUCAGACCAUGAAGAUCUAGCAGCUGUGCAGAGUGUGAUUAGGGCAUGUCUAAGAGAUCCGUCAACAUUAUGGGGGCGUGGCAAAGACAUUCUCUCAAAUAUCCUUAACUUUACAGGAAGAUUUGAAGCUGGUGGCCUGUUGAAAGACCUGAGACAUUGUAUUCAAUGCAUUACUAGCAGUACAGACCCAUUCAUUCUGGGCUUUAGUCCAGGUAUGGCAAGUGAACUGGUGAAGCUAAAAAGUCAUAGACUCAGCAUUCUACUGCAUCAAUCACAGAAUAUCUAUGUUGAUGUCAGAGGAGACAACAGUCUUUUAAUGCAACCUCAAGAACUUCCGGACUAUAGGACAGCUUGGGAAAGGCUGCUAACUUUACAAGACAUGUUGAGGAAAAUGGACAUCGGCAUGGGAAUGGAAUCUGCUUCUCUUGGUCCAUUGCGUUGUUUCUUCCAGACAGAGCGGGAGCGUCUGGAUGCACUGGUGUCUUCCCUCCUUUUAGACAGUUUUCAGCCAGUUAAAUAUAACAUGACAAGCUCCACUACUGCGUAUCUAACAUCAUCAGCUCUCUCACGGCUGGAGACUCAAGCAGAGCAGCUCAGGUCAUACCUGUGGGAGGAGUCAUCCAGUAUUAAACCUUGUGUUUAUCGACUGGCUGCCUUUCUCAAUCCCAGAGGCUUUCUAGCAGCGUUGAUCAGAGAUGCAGUCCGCAUCCAAGACAAGGAUAUCAGUCUUUACUGCUUGAAUUUUAAGGUAAAUCUCAGUUUCUCAAACACAAACUGA